UUUCACGCGCGAGGGCGCAGGAACGUACGCGCGCCACCCGCUAGCGAUCGAGGUCGGCGGGGACCAUGCGUGCGUCGCGUUGCGAUGCAUGCGCUGCGCCCACGGAAUCGAAGCGGGGAAAAGAUCUGGACGAAGGGCGCAUGCGCUUCCAAGAGCAAGCUAAGGGAGUGUAGACCUGCAAUGCAGCUCGACCACUAGCUAGCUUCUCGCGCACCCACCACGAACUGUACUCCACUGUGCUCUGCUGCACCCAUCGGUUUCAGUCGCCGGUCACGGUCAGGCGAUCGAUCGAUCGAUCGAUGGCGUGCGCGCAGAGCCGUGCCUCGGAGCGUCAAGAAACGCGAAUGAUCUUACCGUACCGGUUCAUAGCUGUAGGCUCCUUGAAACCGCGCGAAUGAUUUCGUCUGUCCCUUUGGCUUUGGCUUGGUCGCUGCUGUUCCCAGUACAGUUUGUCUGUCCAUUUCGUUCGUUAGCUAGCUGGACGGUGUGCAUGCUGAGAUUUUCUUUCCCCCCUCGUGAUCAUGAGCUAGCUGGGCCUGGGUGUUCGUCUAUUGGGUACGGAGAAGCGGAAGAGCUGGGGCCUUUCUUGGUGCAGAAGGGCAAGCCGGAGCUGAAAUGGAACAACUACUCUUGGAACACAGAGGCCAACCUGAUGUUCCUGGAGUCCCCGGUGGGCGUCGGAUUCUCCUACACAAACACAAGCUCCGACAUCCUGCAUCUUGGUGAUAAGAUCACGGCUGACGACGCUUACAUAUUCCUGCUCAACUGGUUCAAGAGGUUCCCACAGUACAAGUCUCACGACUUCUACAUCGCCGGAGAGAGCUACGCCGGGCACUACGUUCCGCAGCUGUCCGAGAAGAUCUUCGACGGCAACAAGGUGGGCCUCAAGGAGAACUACAUCAACUUCAAGGGCCUCAUGAUUGGGAACGCCCUGAUGGACGACGAGACGGACCAGACGGGCAUGAUCGAGUACGCCUGGGACCACGCCGUCAUCUCCGACCGGGUGUACGGCGACGUCAAGGCCCGCUGCAACUUCAGCAUGGUGAACGUGACGGACGCGUGCAACGCAGCGCUGGACGAGUACUUCGCCGUGUACCGCCUCAUCGACAUGUACAGCCUCUACACCCCCGUCUGCACCGACGGCGGCUCGCCCGCGCGCGGCCACCGGAAGGUCGCCGUCCACGGCGCCGCCCCCAGGGUCUUAUCCAAAUACCAUGGGUGGAUCAUGAGGCCGGCGGGCUACGACCCCUGCACCGCGGAGUACGCCGAGACCUACUUCAACCGGCCCGACGUCCAGGCGGCGCUGCACGCGAACGUGACCAAGAUCGGCUACAACUGGACUCACUGCAGUGAUGUGAUCAACAAGUGGAACGACGCUGCCUUCUCCACUCUCCCCAUCAUCCGCAAACUCGCCGGCGGCGGCCUCAGGGUCUGGGUUUUCAGCGGCGACACCGAUGGAAGGAUCCCCGUGACGGCCACGAGGCUCACCCUGAACAAGCUUGGGCUCAAGACCGUCCAGGAGUGGACGCCGUGGUACGACCAUCUGCAGGUUGGCGGAUGGACAAUCGUCUACAAGGGCCUGACGUUCGUGACGAUCCGCGGCGCGGGGCACGAAGUACCUCUGCACGCGCCGAGGCAGGCGCUGACGCUCUUCAGCAACUUCCUCGCCGGCACGAUGAUGCCCCCAACGGCGUUCCCCUAGCUGCCGCCCGCGCCGGCUGAUCUGGGCGUUUUCAUUUUCCUUGCUCUCAAAAUUGCAAGUGUAAUUCGAUUGGAAAAAUCGGGAAUAAAAGUCUUACUGCUGAUUUCAGCGUUCACAACACAUUGCCCUUCCAUUUGA